AUGUCAACCGAAAUAGCCCAAAUGGACCCAGAAACCGCGAGACAGAUUGCCCAAUCCCAAGACGCCCAAGCACAGGCGGAGGCAGCGGAACAAACCCAUGCACGCCUACAGGCGCAAUUCGCCAGUGACCCCCGAGUACACUUUAGCAGAGAAACUGGAGCGUGGCAUUUUGAAGCCGAUGAUGGACGCGAGAUGCAGUGGGACGCGAACAAGAAUGCUUGGGUAGAAGUGGUUGACGAUGAGCUGGUGAAGGCCCAGCAAGCGGCGUAUGCGGUUGAAGGCGUAGACGAAGAGACCCCUGCAGCACCCGUACUUGCACGCACCAACAAGAAACGAAAGAAAGAGCCCAUCGAUUAUACUUCCAACACCGAUCCUGCAGCGCCAGGUCCGUCCAUUAAGCGAGGGAAAAACAACAAAGGUGAUAAGAAGGAUGAAUCUACAGCACCAGCACAACCUCGCAAAUCGAAAAAUACAGCCGUAUUUGUCAGUUCUCUGCCUCCAGACGCUGAAGCAGACGAGAUCGCAGCACGCUUUGGGCGCUUCGGCCUCAUCAUGGAGGAUGACGAAGGCAAGCCCAAAGUCAAGCUUUACCGCUCUGAGGAUGGAACUUUCACUGGAGAGGCACUGGUUGUUUAUUAUAAGGAGGAAAGUGUGGAGUUGGCUGUUACGUUGCUGGACGACGCCGAACUACGGUUGGGCGAGGCAGGUACGAGGAUGAAAGUUCAAAGGGCCGAGUACGGGCACAAGGGCGGGGACCAUGAGGCUGUUGGCAACGAAAAUGGCGGCCAGAAACGAACCGUUGACAAGAAGAAAGCGUCAAAGAGAAUCGGCAACAUGGAACGUAAACUUGCAGAUUGGGAUUCCGAUGACGAGUUUGGCCCCUCAGGACCCAAAAUUGUCACAUCUCGUGUGGUUGUGCUCAAACAUAUGUUCACCAAAGAGGAACUGGCGGAAGACGCAACGCUACUUUUGGAUUUAAAGGAGGACGUACGAGAAGAGUGCUCAACUCUGGGAGAAGUGACAAAUGUAGUGCUCUAUGAUGAGGAGGAAGAUGGAGUCAUGACGGUCAAAUUCAAAGAUCCUGUUAGCGCUCAAGCAUGUAUAUUGAAAAUGAAUGGCAGAUUCUUCGCUGGCCGAAAAGUCGUUGCCGAAUUCUUCGACGGAAGGCAAAGAUUCCGCAGGAGCGGUCACGAUGCAUCGAACGCGAAUGCAGAGGGCGACGACGAUGACCAGGCAGAACGACAACGCCUAGACGACUUUGCUGAAUGGCUCAUGAAAGAAGGAGAGUGA